CAGCUCCAGACCCGGUCGGCCUCCGAAGAGAACCCAGAGUGUCACGUCAACAGAGAACCCCCACAUCAUGCCCCACUCGGUCCCCGGACUCAUGUCACCUGGCAUGAUCCCUCCCACAGGCCUGACAGCAGCCGCGGCGGCAGCUGCCAACGCAGCCAUCGCAGAGGCCAUGAAGGUCAAGAAGAUCAAGCUGGAGGCGAUGAGCAGCUACCACGGCAACGCCAACCACCACGGGGCCGAUGGGGAGAACGGAGACCUCGGUUCCAGUGUCGGCCUGGAACUCCCCUUCAUGAUGAUGCCACACCCCCUGAUUCCAGUCAGCCUGCCCCCAGCCUCUGUCACCAUGGCGAUGAGCCAGAUGAACCACCUCAGCACCAUUGCCAACAUGGCUGCUGCAGCACAGGGCCAAAGCCUCCCCUCCAGAAUGGUCACCUCUGUUAUAAAGGGUUUGCAGGAGCGUGUGCCGGACAGCCCCUCCCCUGCCCCCUCCCUAGAAGACAGCAGGAGGCCGGGCAGUCACCCAUCGUCCCAUCGCAGCAGCAGCGUGUCCAGCUCCCCGGCGCACACAGAAAGCUCCUCGGACAGGAUACCCAUACAUCACAAUGGCCUGUCCAUGAACCAAGCUCUGCUAGGCCUUUCCCCCAACAUCGCUCCAGGGCCCAAAGAGGGGGACCUGGCCCACGACAUGAGCCAUGAAGUAAAGAGGAUGCACGCCGACAAAGAAGACAACCCCCUGUGCACUCCGACAGCACGCGACAGCUAUGAGCGCUUGUCAUUGGCUGGACAGGCCCUGCCUCCAGGUUUCCCCUCGCCAUUUCUCUUCCCAGAUGGCUUGUCAUCAAUAGAGACUCUCCUCACCAACAUACAGGGCCUGCUCAAAGUGGCGAUCGACAACGCACGAGCUCAGGAGAAGCAGGUGCAGCUGGAGAAGACGGAGCUGAAGAUGGAGUUGUUCAGAGAGAGGGAGCUCAGGGAGACCCUGGAGAAGCAGCUCGCCGUGGAGCAGAAGAACAGAGCAAUCAUCCAAAAGCGUCUGAAGAAGGAGAAGAAGGCCAAGAGGAAACUCCAGGAGGCUCUGGAAUACGAAUCCAAAAGGAGGGAGCAGGCCGAGCAGACCCUGAAGCAGCCGUCUCCCUCUGACAGCAUGCGCUCGCUCAACGACUCUCUGACCCCUGAGAUGGAGAGUGACCGCAGCAGUGGAAGAACAGAUGCUGAAAGGACAAUACAAGAUGGAAGACUGUUCCUGAAAACCACAGUGAUGUACUGAUAAGACUGCAAAGAGCUGGAGGAAGGAUUUUCAUUGGUUGGAGCUGGUUUCAGGAGAAGCUGCUUGUUGGUGGAAGUCACCGAAACUCUGGAGGAGUAGGAAUGUAGAAUAAGAAUCCUUUUCCUUUGAAAAAUCACAGAGGCUGAGGUUAAAAAAAAAAAAAAAAAGUGUGUGAAAGCAGCUUCACAGCCCACGUGAAGGAUCACCAUAUAACCCGAGCACAGAAAAAAAUGUACCCGUGGUACAUUCUUGGUAAUAACGCCUAAAUCCACAGCACUGAAGAUUUUUAUACUGUAUCUCAGCCAGCGAGAAAGCUUCGAAACGGGGACAAAAUCUACGAAAUUCGACUGAAUCUUUGUUUUGUAUUUCAAAUUGAAUUGGAAGAAGCGGAGAAAAAUAGAAACUGUCCAUAAAAAAAACACAAAAAAAGGAAGAAAACCAACGUUUGGUUUUCAUGUUUUCUAAAUUAGAUGACGUUACAAUCAAGUUUCCUUUUUACCGUUGUACAUAGCAAGACUGAUAAUAGGAAAAGACCCAACAAGUGUGUGUGUAUAUAACGUUAAGAGGUAUUGUGUAUGCAGUAGAGCUUUUAGGCAAACAAUACCAUCAUUUCUAUAAACUUCCCCUUUUUCUUUUCUCUGAGCCAUCGUCUUUUUUUUCCUAUAGCUGCCAUUUUUUGGUGGGAAAGCAUGCAGGCAUGUAAAUGUUUGUCCUGGAAAUAUGAUAUUUAAUAAAUCCUAUAUUGUGCUGAGCAAAUAUUACAACUCACCCCAAGCCCAGAGGAUUUGGAACCCCGGAUGAGGACGUUUCACUCUCCAAAAGGAUGACUUUUGCUGUUGAUAUUUACUGUAAUCUUUGUAACAGAGGAUAAUAUUUCUUGGAUUUUACUGUACGUUUUUUUGUCACCACUCACUUUCAAAAAGUUUUUUUUUUUCCAAGUGUCUGGUCAAAUCAUCAUUGUGUUUGCCAGCUUGAAAAACAAUCAAUCAGGAUGCAAGUUUUUUUUAAGGAAAAAAAGAACUCCUGCUAUGACAGAACUCCAGUCCCUGGUAAACCUUAAACAAGUGAACUUUUUACAGUGUUUCCUGAUAUCCCGAUGAGAAAUAACUUCCUGUUUUCCUUCCCUAAAGACUUUUGGUGCUGAAACACCAGUGUAUAUUCUCUAGUCAUGAGCUGAUGUCAGUCCUUCCACUGCAGAACAGUUGCCGUGUUACAGUCCAAAGGGGGGGGGGGGAGCAGGGGCGUCCCGUGCUCACCUUGUGUUUGUUCCUUUCGUUCUCUAUGGAGUGUCUCGGUCUGUUGUCACUGAUAACUUAUAUAGCUUCUCGAAUCAUCUCUUUAUGUACUUCAAAUUCCAAUAAAGUUAACAUGUUGCUGAUAAA